UAGCGAAGAAUGGUCACACCCCGCUGCACAUCGCAGCUAGGAAGAACCAAAUGGAGACAGCGGCGACCCUGCUGGAGUACGGCGCCAUCACCAACGCCGAGUCCAAGGCCGGCUUCACUCCGCUGCAUCUGGCUGCUCAGCAGGGCCACACGGACAUGUGCUCCCUACUGCUCGAGCACGGGGCCGACGUGAACCAGCAGGCCAAGAACGGGCUGGCGGCCAUCCACCUCGCCGCGCAGGAGGACCGCGUGGCCGUGGCGCAGCUGCUGGCUAAGAAUGGGGCUGAGAUGGACAUAGAGACUAAAGGCGCGUACACGCCGCUGCACGUGGCCAGUCACUACGGACAGGCCAACAUGACUCGCUUCCUGCUCGACAACGACGCUUCAGUCAAGGCACAGACUACGCAUGGCUACACAGCCCUGCACCACGCCGCCCAGCAGGGUCACAUCAACAUCGUCAACAUACUGCUGGAACACAAGGCUGACGCCAACGCCGUUACUACGAGCGGCCAAACCCCACUCGACAUCGCCUGGAAGCUGGGCUACGUGACGGUGAUGGAGACUCUCAAGGGAGUGUCGGAGGUGACCACCCCCCCCGCGCCCCCCUCGCAGCUCAAGUACAAGGUGGUGGCCCCGGAGACCAUGUACGAGACCUUCAUGUCUGACUCGGAGGAGGAAGGAGGCGAAGACACAGUGCUGAACGAUCAGCCAUACCGCUACCUGACAGCUGAUGAUAUGAAAUCUCUGGGAGAUGAUUCUCUACCUAUUGACGUCACCAGGGAUGAGAGGGCAGAGUCAUCCCUUGGACACAAGAACAUUAUGGAGAUUUCUACAGGGUCAACCAACGGCACGAUGUAUCCUCAGCAAGAAGUGGUGGUGAAGAGCAUCAGUCACUACAGCACCGCGGCCGCGCCUGAAGGGUACUGCUACAACGUUGACCCUAGUGUACCCAAGAAGAGACUGCAAUGGAAGAAUUUCCUGGUAUCAUUCCUGGUGGACGCCCGGGGCAGCGCCAUGCGCGGGUGCCGCGGCGGUGGCGUCCGGGUCAUCGUGCCGCCGCUGUCCGCCCAGCAGCCCACUAGGAUCACUUGCAGAUACCUCAAGCCAUCGCGUAUCAAUCACAUGCCUCCUCUGAUGGAGGGAGAGGCUCUAGCUGCCAGAGUAUUGGAGAUGGGACCAGUUUCUGCCAAGUUUAUAGGGCCAGUGAUCCUGGAGGUCCCGCACUACGCGUCGCUGCGCGGCAAGGAGCGCGAGCUGGUGGUGCUGCGCUCCGACAACGGCUCCAGCUGGCGGGAGCACUCCGCCGACGCCACUGACGACGUCGUGCAGGACAUCCUGAACGAGACCCUGGAGAUUGAAGAAAGCCUGGACGAGACGCCGGGCAGCCAGAACCCUCGCGUCAUCCGCAUCCUCACGCACGACUUCCCGCAGUACUUCGCCGUCAUCUCGCGCAUCCGCCAGGAGGUGCACGCUAUCGGGCCUGAAGGUGGAAUGGUAUCCAGCUCCGUAGUGCCUCAAGUGCAAGCAGUCUUCCCGCAAGGAGCUCUCACCAAGAAGAUCAAAGUCGGCCUCCAGGCCCAGAUAAUUGAUUCAGAGCUCACGGCUAAGCUCCUUGGUCGAGGUGUAGCCGUUUCUCCAGUGGUAACCGUUGAGCCUCGCAGAAGAAAGUUCCACAAGGCUAUAACCCUCAGUAUGCCUGCACCUAGACCGCAUACUCAGGGAAUGACAAAUCAGUACAGUACAUCGUCCGCCCCAACAUUGAGGCUGCUGUGCUCUAUAUCAGGGGUAUUUCGCAAACGAUCUCUCGAAGGAGGAACCAACCGAGCCCAUUGGGAAGAUGUUACCGAGAACACUCCACUCACGUUCGUUAACGACUGCGUAUCGUUCACGACCACCGUCUCUGCGAGGUACUGGCUGAUCGACAUCCGACACGUAGAGGACGCUACCAAGAUGGCCACUGAGCUGUAUAGGGAAGCGAUCCACGUCCCGUUCAUGGCCCGCUUCGUGGUGUACGCCAAGCGCGCGGACCCGCAGCAGGCGCAGCUCAGGAUGUUCUGCGUCACCGAUGAUAGAGAGGACAAGACCUUGGAGAGGAUUGAAAGAUACUCGCAAGUGGCUAAGAGCAAGGACUGUGAGGUCCACGAAGGCAAGCCCUGCUUCCUCGAGUUCGCCGGGAACCUGGUCCCGGUGGCCAAGUCCGGCGAGCAGCUGUCGGUGCCGUUCAAGGCUUUCAGGGAGAACCGGCUGGCGUUCCCCGUGAUGGUGAAGAGUGCCCAUGCCGACCCGGUGGCGCGCUGCCAGUUCAUGAGGGAGCCACGGGCGCCUAAGGGAGAACCUUCGCCGCCUCCGAUCUGCAUCCUCAACAUCCUGGCUCCCGAGGAGACGGUAGAGGUGACGGUGGAGAGGUCGUCGACCCCGGUGGCGGCCGCGAGGAAUGAGGAACAGGAGAUGCUGUGGAGGCAGCGGCUUAAUGACCCGAGCCUGGAAGACAUCUGCAACCUGCUCGGCAAGGACUGGGUGGCUCUGGCCUACGAGCUCGGGGUCAGCGUGGCCACCGUCAACCAGAUCCAAGCCAAGAGGAUCUCGGCCGUGGAGCAGGCGCAGCUCAUGCUGAAGCUGUGGAGGACGCAGUCCGGGACUAAGGCUCAGGACAACUCCCUCGAGCUGGCUCUGUGCCGCAUCGGUCGCGACGACAUCAUCGCCCCGCAGUCGGAGGUCAGCAACGAGCGCCGCAUCCAGCGCAACAUCUACCAGGAACGACAUGCUUCCGAGGAGAUCGAGGCUUACAAAGCCGAAGAAGACAAUAAACUAAAAGAGCGCAUCUAUGAAGACAAUCAAAUUGCUGAACAAGCUGAACAACUGCAGAGAGAGACAGAAACAGAUCAAGAUGAGGCGAAGUACUCGCCCGAGGAGAAAUCUGUACAUGACAAGAUUGAGAUAGAGGCAGACAGAACACCCACGCCUAGCGAAGAGAGUGAGGAGGAUGAAGAAAUCAAACGAAGUGUAGCUGAAAGAAAAGAACAAAUUACUAGAAAGUUAAGUUCCAGCAAAAUUCCCGCUUCCAAGCAGAAAAAAGAAAUUCGUGAAGAAAUUAUAGAAAUCAGGACUCAAAUUAAACCAGAUAUCAAGAAAUUUCAGGAUAUUGAACAGCAGAUAAAGGAUAAAGAUCCGAAAUUAGAGAGAUCUCGAUCGAAAACCUCACCCGAAUCGGUUGAAGAAGAAAUUGAAAUAGAAACCAAGACUAUUGAAAUUGAGGAGAAGAAAGAAGAGCCAAAGCCGAUAGAAAAACCUGUGGAACAGUUUAGAAAGUUUGAUCCUUCAUCACCCGCUAAACCAACUCCUAAGCACUUACAAAGGCACAUGAGAAAUGAAUCAAUGCGCUUCCCAUCAGGAGAUUUUUCAAAUGUUACUAUUACUCCUAGAAAAUCGGUCACUUCUGAGACCUCAGAAAUUAAAGUCACUGAAAAACAUUCAGAAUCAUAUUCUAAAGACGUCAUUUCUCAAAAAGAAGUAGUCAGUUCUAGAGUAGAAGAGAAAUUUGAUGACGGUGAUAAGUCUCCUGAUUUGGUUGAUGAAAAUACUCGAGAUAUAGCUGAAGCAACUCUAAAAGAUAAAAUCAGCUCCUUUGAAAGUAAAAUGUCAAAAGAAUCUUCAGUUGAUUUGCCUAAGAAUACGAUAAAAUUGACGAAAGAAGCUUUGAAAAAACAUACUAUGGCACAAGAACAAGGAAUUGAAUAUACACAAGAGUUUGUUAGAGAGCAAUCAAAACAGAUGUCUAAUGUAGAAACUACACAAGUAACGGAACAUGUAACUGUCGAGACUGAAAAACAUAUAGAAACAGUUAAAUCUGUAAAGGAAACCAUUCAACAAUUUGACACAAAAAAUAAAUUUGAAGAUAAAAAACCCAAACAGUUCCAUCCGAUGGCUAUGAGAACCGAUUCUACGCUUGUACAAGUCUCCUCCGAAGAAGAUAGCGAAUUUUUAAAGAAAUCUACAGAUUCGGAAACUGAAACUGAAUCACAAACAACUGUUAAAGUUGACAAAGAUGGCAAAGUCAAAACUACAGAUAUUAAGUUUAAAUCAAAGGAUAUUCCUCAAGAAAAAUCAAAAGACUCUCCUGAUAGUGACGACGAUGAUCGUAAAGAUGAUCAAGCUGAAUCAAUAAAACAAGUGAAGACUGAAAUAAUUAUUUCUUCAGAAAUAAAAACUAAUGUGAGUGAUGGAGAAUUGAUUGAGAAAGAAGUGUCUUUCACACAAAAAGUAACGGAUAAGUUUGAACCCCAAUUGUCUAUUGCAAGUACCAAAUCAGACGUUAGUAAACAUACUAAAACUGAUUCAAUGGGAUCAGACUCUCAAGACUUACAGAAAAUCUCUCAAGAUUCACCUAUUCAGUCUGUUAUUGCUAAAACUGACUCUUUAGCUGAUCUCCAACAAAGUACAGACCGAGACGUUAGUUCUGUUUCACAAACUGAAUCUAAGGUGUAUUCCAAACAACGAAGUGAUUCUCUAGAUGAAGCUUCUCAAUUCUCCGACUUGGAAGAUCAAGUAGGCCCAAGUCCUACUCAUAAACCUGCAGUAGAACCAUCACUCACUAAGAUUGAUGAAUUUAAAAUUAUUGAAGAAACUCCUGCAGCAAAAGAAAGAACCAUCGAAUUCUUAGAAUUUGAAAGUGAAUACAGUGCGCAAAUUCACGCUCCGCCUAUACCACCAAGGGAUUCCGAAAAGGUUUCACCAAAAGAGUCACCGGUUAUAAGUGCCAAAGCUCGUCAGUUCAUUGAAACUGUCCCGGAAGAUGACUCUGUUCAAGAAUGUUUCUUCUCAAAACGUAUUUACUCUGAUUCUCUUGAAGACUCCGAACAAUCAGACUCCCGACGACAUUCUGAGGCAGAAUCCUUAAAAUCAGAUCAAUCAGAUGUUAAAGCUAAAAUAUCAUCAUCUGAUUUUGAUGAACGGGCGGAGUUCGAAGAAACAAUAGAUUCUGGUAGUGGAUUUGGAGACGAGAAAUUUGAAGAAAGCGUUGGAUUCACUUCUAUGAAACUUGACAAAGUGACCACAGAGACUGAAAAGAUUGACUCUGAUUCAGAUAAAAUUGAAGAAGCCACAACAGGAGUUGUUUUUAAGAAAAUGGCUCCCAAGCGUCAUUCAAGAUCUGAAUCUAUGUCAAUAACUAAACUGAGUGAUUUACAGUUGGACAUUGAGCCAAAGAAAACUGAGUUUCAAGUGAUUGUUACAGAAGCUGAAGAUAUUGACCGGUCUACAGAUGAACCUUCUGACAAAAUAUCUUCUGAAAGUAGCCGAGAAGUUGAAAUAUCCGACCGGAAAUCUUCUGACGGAAUUUCAGAUAAAAUAAGCUCAGAAGAUGCUGUAACAGAAAAGAAAACGUCUUCUGAAGAAGACGGUAUAAAAUCUACUGAAGUAUUUUUAGAGAAUGAAAAGGAUAAAUACGUAUUUAAGACAGUGACUGCUAGAACCACAAAGGACAUCGAAAAGAUUGACUCCAAAGUAAUUAGCGAUAUCCCUGAUAAAGCAGUAGAUACCUCUAAACGUACAUCAGUAACAUCUGCUGGCUCAGGAAGUGAGCUAAGAUUGGAUGAAAAACGAUUAUCAGACGCUUACAGUUUGACAGAAUCGAGAGACUAUACCUUUGAGGAGUCCGAAGAUGACAUUGUACCUCAUGGUACUCAUACUGAUAUAUCAAAAGAUAAAGUUGAAACCAAACAGGAUACUGAGGCGAAAUCCAAAGCUGCCACAGGAAAAACUGAAGUAUCAAAACUGUCUCGAUUAAUGCACGGGGACUCUUUAGAUGAUGUGGAAGGAUUCCCAGAAGAUCAUGUUACAGAACAUGUUCACAAGCUACCACACAUUGCCGAAGUAGGGGCUAUUCCAGAAAAGGAUUUAACCAGUGAAUUCUUAGCAAGAGAAAGGGAAGAGCAAUUAAAACGAGAAACAGUGACCAAAACUACGACUGAAACUGCAGAACAAUCUGAUAAACUUCAGUCAGCAGCUGAAACGUCUGAUCAAGCCACAUUUGUAUUUACGAAAGAAAUUGAAACUACUUAUGCUAUUCACAGAACUGACGAGCCGUCUAUUGUAAAAGAAAUAAAAUCUGUUACUACAGAUAUCCCCUCGACUCAUGUUGUUGAAAAUAUCGAAACCAGGACAGAAAUAACUUCAAGGGGCGCAGGAAAGUUUGAUGUUUCUAAAAUAAGAACUGACACUUUAGGUCACUUUAGUGCCGGUGAACAGUCCCCAGAUGACGUCAAAGACAAAACCAAGGGUAAGUUUGUACCUAAAAUCUUGGACCUAAAAGAAACUCCUGAAAUUACGAAAGAACAAGUAAAACCAGUUAUCGAUGAGAUUUUGCAUAAAGGCACAAUCGCAGCUGCGGCAAGAAGUCCAGUUUGUGAUAAAGAUAUUAAAAUAUCUACUAUUGAGACUGAAAAGCGAUCAUAUGAUGCCAAAGCUCCGCAUAUAGAAGAACGGAGACAAUCAUGUAUAAGCCCUGCAAUAUCAUUGGAAAGAAUUGCUGAAUCUGAAGCUGAAUCUGAUGAAGAAGAACCACGACCUAGUCCAAAACCCAUAAAUAUACCAAAACAUGAAAUGCCAGCUGAAAUGAAAAAGUCAGACUCAGCUAUGAAGCAAAUGGCUGACAAUAUUGAGAUAAUCAUAAAACAGGCAUCUGAAGAUUUUGAUGUUUCUGGAGAAGAAUCAAUCCCCAUUCCAACUGAAGCACAAGAAAGACAAGAUAUUGCUGAUAACGUAUCAGUAGAUUCUAUUAUUGAAGAAGCCGUUACAACAGUAGAAGGAUAUUUAGAAAAGUCGAGCGAUACCAAAGAAAAGGAAAUUGAGGUGAAAAAAGAAAUAGUAUUUGAAGAAACUAAGAAGUUUGUUAAGGAAAGGCCAGCACUCAUGAAGUCAUUGUCGAGAGAUAGUGGUGAAAUAGUAAUCAUGCCUAAAAAGAAACACCCUAGAACUUUCUCCGUACAAAGUUCCCCUGAAGAAGUAGAAGAACAAAUAUACACUGACUCUGAGUCCGACAUGGACAAAGCAAAAGUUCUUGAAAUUAUAGAACCCAGUUCUGAAAUAGAAGGAAAAGCUGCCACAACCAGUUUUGACACACGGAAAAUAAGAACUGACUCACUUGAUGAUGCUGAUGACCUUUUCCCGGAGAAAGAAGCCGAAUAUUUUGGUGAUGAACCAAAAUAUAGACAAUCCUCGGAACAUUCUCAAGAAAUAGAUAAUUUUAAAGAUAAAUUUGCAUCUACUAGCAGUGUAAAUGAUGUGUUUGAUGAGAAGCCUUCACAAAGUUUUGCAAAGAAAACUCACUUUGUUGAAAGUCUGUUACAAUCAGAUAUUGUUUCAAAAUCAACUACAGAAUCUUCAGUAACUACGGUUGUUUCUACACUUACAAAAUCUUCUGAUGAUGAACAGAAAUCUGUUCUUGAAGACGGUACAUCUGCUGAUUUUUCAAAAAUAAGUGGAGCGGACUUGGCUAAAGAUCCGUCUAAAACAUCCGCAGAAACGAAAGAUGAUUUUAAAAUUGAGGAGCAAGGAGAAGAACGAGGGACACCUGAUUUAUCAAAAAAAUCUAUGGACCUUACAAAAGAUUACUCUAAAUCAUCUAUCGAUAGCAAAGAUACUUCAAGAGACUUUGCUACAAAUGAGUUGUCGAAAGAUUCUACCGUCGACUUGACCAAAGACUAUUCUAAAGCUUCAAUUGAAAGUGUAAGGGAUAAUUCGAAGUCAAUCGAUGAAAAAACAUUUUCAGAGGAUCAUUCUUCCUAUGAUGUAUCUAAGACACUAGCAUCAGAUGGUUCUGAAGGUUUUACCGCAAGUAGAGACUUUGUGUGUGAAGAAAGGUCCACAUCAAAAGUAGUGAGCAGAGUAUCAACAAGCUCGUCACAAGGAACAUCUGUUAUGACUGAAAGUAAAAUAUUUAGUGAACACGAUGACAAAUUGAAAAAUGGUGAAAGGCAUGAUUCUGAAAAAGAUUUAUUAGCAGACGUGGCAGAAAUAUCAAAACAAGAAGACAUAGAAGAUGAUCAAUUAGAAAAAGAAGACGAAGUGCCUGACAUGUCAGAAUUAAAUCGACGUUGCUCCAAUCUUUUGGAGGAUAUUUCACAUGGAGCUCUUAUAAAGAUUGAUUCGAGCCAUGUGACACAUGAUUUUGUGUCAAAGUUCUCCAAAACACCGCCACCCUCCCCUGUCGACCUCAUCAACAGAGACAAAUCUAAAGCUGAUGAUGGUUCUGGCGAUAAGCAAACCGGGCUACAUCUAAAAGGUUCCGACUCUUCGUUCCUGGAUGCCAGUCGGCAGUCGCCGCGAGUGUCGUCGUGUGGCGACAGUAUGCUGAGCGAAACAGAAGCUCAUCAAAGCGAACUAUCGAUGGGAACAUCCACGGAACCAAGUGCAGCCGCCAGACCCAUAUCUCCGACAAGACAUCUUGCCGAUAAUCUAUCAUUUAUUAACGUAGAUAAACCUACCAUUACUAGCGGUGCAAAAGAAUUUGUCGACAGAACUAUAGAGAAGAGUAUUGAUGUUAUUGAUCAAAUAAAACAAGAACAGCUAGCAGUUCAAAUGGAAGACUUACAAAAAUCAACGUCAGGAUCAUCGGAUAUUUUCUACUCUGAAUCCAUAGUUGAAACAUCUACUUCGUCGUCGUCUGUUCACAAAACUACAGGCAGUACUGGAAUGCAAUUCCAAUCCAUAGACCCUCGUGCUAUGAUGUCUGACAUGGUUGCCAAAUUUGGAACCACUGAUGAGUUUAGCACAAUAUUGACUCAUCAAGAAACUGAGACGAGAAAGAUUUCUGGCCAAGAGUUUUUCUCACAAACUAAGCAAGUAUCAUCUUCUGAUGAUGAUUCUUUGAUAAUUAAGACCCAAACCAGUCAUGAAUUGAGAGGGCAAGAACAUGAGUUGAAGGAAAAAACUGUUGUGAAGCGAGAUGGAGACCAAACAGAAACUUCACAAAAAAAGUUUGAAAAAGCUCAUGAGGCUUCAGCUAAAAGAUCAGAUAUCGAAACUAAAACUGUUGUGAAAACAAGUGAUGAUACUGAUAUUAUUAAGGUUGAAAGAGAAUUCUUAGAACAAGGCCUGUAUACAGGGAGGCAAACUAAAUCUGAAGAAAAAAUGACAGCAAUAAAAGAUGAAACUGUAAAGAGGAAGCAUGAAAUUAAAAUUUCUGAAAGAGACAUGUCUCAUGAUCAAUGGGGUAAAGAAUAUUUUACUGAACCAGGUGAACUUCAAGAUAUUUCUGAAAGUGAAGAUCCCAAAUCAAAAAUUGCAUUUGUUGACUCUUCAUUAAAAAUAAUUGAAAAAGACGAAAUAGUUUCAAGUGAAGAAGUUUCGGAAAAAGGAAAAGUAGUUAGCUCGAAAAUGGCACAUCACAAAGAAGAAUCUGUACACGAAAGUAAGGAGCAUGAUGAUUUGAGCACUUCUGAUGCCUCACACGCUCCUAGUUUUAGUGAGAUGGCUGAUAGAAGGGGUUCAACAGAAUCAAGUCCUAAGAGCAAAUCUAAGUCUUUUAAGAAAGACAAUGAAGUUUACGAAGUAGAUUUUAUAAAAGAAAUCAAAAUAUCCACUUCGCCAAUUAAAAGUACAUUCAGCCGAACUGGGAGUCAAGAGACGCAUUCAGAAUCCGAGGCUGCACCUGAUUUGCCGCAUGACGAUAAAACUGGCGAUACACCUAAAAAAGAGAAAACUAUUCGGUCUCCAGUGAAACUACCUCAACAACAAAUACAAGAACAAGUUUGGGAGGUCUCAGUACAAAAAAUGGAGUCGUUUGAAACUGUUGAAGAAAUGAAAGCUCCAAGGCUUAAAACUUUAUCAGACACUACUGCUACUAAAAGUUCUGACAGCGACACCGUUUUAGAACUUAAAACUGUAGUAGAUGCCGAAGCGCCAACUAAGAUUACUAAGACUGACAUGUCUCCCACUACUACUUUUGAAUUAUCUGAUGAUAUAAGUACAACUUCUAAAGAUAUCAUGAUUAAAUCUGGUGACAGUGUCGAUACAGAAUUCAUGAUUAAAUCUUUAGAAUCACACGAAGGCGAAAUUUUACAUAAAUCUAUCGAUUCCACAGUUAGUGCUGAAACUUUACAUGCGUCUGAAUUUUCAACUGAGGCAGAUUCAGCAUUUCUAACAGGAACAGAUCAAAGGAGAGAAGAACCAAAAUUAGUAAAAGAAAAAAGUCUAGAAGAUAUAUGCAGCAGCGGUUACGAUACCGACCUCUCUUCUGCCGAGUUUCACGCGACGAAACUUGAUUCGGAACGAGUGGAUUACGAUUCAUUAAUAUCUGCUCAGCCACUCGCGGACUUGUCGGUUUUGGAAAAAACUAUUGAUGAAGUCAAGCAGUCUCUUGAAGCAGCCCAAGGUGAAAUUAUAAAUGAGCAAAAUGACGGUAGUAGUAAAUAUAAGCAGUCGCCGUCUGAAUUUCAAUUCAAACUCUUAGUCAGCCCAGACAGACCUGAAGUGAUUACUGAAGAACCUCAUCAGGCUGAUGACCAUAUUGAAAAGAAGCAAGUGUUGGUAGAAAAAGAUGAUAAGAGUCAGUCCUUAGAUAAAGACGAGAAGAGUCAGGUAUCUGAUAGUACUUCUUUCAAAAUUAGCUCUCAGGAGACUAUAACUUCUGAUGAGGAUAAAGAAACGACAGUUCAAGCCAAAGAAAUGAGUCCUGUGCCAUAUGAUAAUGGUGAUAGUUCUAUAAGAUCAGAUAGCGGUCCACAUUCUAUUUUAGAAACAGAAAGCGAAAUUAUUCUUUCUGAUAGGGAAGGCUCAUCAAAAGGUAGUCCAGAAGUAAAACUUAGAGUGCAAAAACAUAUUCAAUCUAAACUCGGAGUCGGAGAAAGGCGAUCUGCCUCUGAGGUAGAAGGCUGGUCAAGUUCAGGUGGAAGUCACUAUGAGAGUUUUGAACACUCGGAGAGUAGACCGUUGUCUUCUGACAUUGAAGUUAUGAUGACUGCACAAAGCGGAACGGAGUUUGAGACUGCAAUGACAAGUCAAGAUAUUUCAUCUCAUUCAUUGAGAACGUCUAAAGAUUACUACACCGCAGCUAGUUCGCUUGCUUCAAGAGACAGCAUGAAGAGUCUUGACUCAGAUGGAUCAAGUCAUGUAGCAAGCAUAGAUAUAUCAGACGCGUCGGAAACACUUGUUCCAUCGGCCAACGAACUUAAAGAUGAACUUAUGGAAAGCAGCACUUACGUUGAGCAAUUCCUUCACGAAGGUGAGAAAGAACUAAAGCGAGAUCAAAGUGAGGAUGAAUUAUUUGGUGAUGGGGACAAAAGUUUAGAAGAAGUAGCAGGCAAAAUGAAACGUUCACACGAAAUGCGUUUUCAACCUAAAGAAAUGAUACCGGACCAUUUUCCUUUAGAAAGUGUAUCUGAAAGUCUGGACGUUGAUGACGAGUCCGUAAAAGACAAAGAUGGUUCAGAUACUACAAUCUCCAGUCAAUUCAAAACAGAUGAAUAUUUAUCAUCGUCUAUUUCAAAAUUGGACAUGCCAUCGUCACAGUCAGAACCUGAGUUUGAACGAGAAGAGGUAAAAGAACACAUAAGCAAAUCAUCUGUUCAUGAGCAACAUGCUGUGCCUUUCAGUGUUACACAAGUUGAAAAAUCUCAAAGAGAGUUUGUUGAUAUUGAUAGUGAAAUAAUUCCGGUUGGAUCUGCUGAGUACGCAGAAAUUACGAAAUCUGGAAGUGCAAAAAUUGAAUAUAAAAAACCAGGAACCGAAGAAACAACAAUCAUUAAGGCCACCAUUCAUGAAGUUAAAUCUGCACCUAAGGAAGAAGAAAUCGAACAACAAGAAGUUCAAGAGGUCUGUGUAAAGAAGGUAGUUAAAGAAGUUAGCGUUGCUCCAUUUCCAAUAACCGAAAUUCCCCCAAGCCAACGUGAGUUUGCUGAUGUAGAAAGUGAAAUAAUUACGGAAGAUACAAUUCAACAAUAUGAAGAGUUAUUGAAAUCAAAGAGUGACUCUUCUGUACCAAAAACUAAAGUAGAAAAAACAGCAGCUAAGACACCAGACUCACAACUAGACAGUAAACAAAGCUCGACAUCGAGCCUUAAAACACAAGAUCAUUUGUCCACACCACAAACACCUCUAUCCGCUCCAAGCCAAAGUUCUUUAUCAACUGAUAAUGGCCGCGAAUAUGUAUUGGAUGACAUUUAUGACAUUUCCGAAACACCUGAACUUAAAUCAGAAUUAUUAACUGAGGGUACAACAAGCAGAUCUGAAUUACAAAUAACAACUGACGAUAGAACAAUUCGAUAUGAAAAAGACCAAGAAUCUCCUAUAAGUGACGAAUUUGAAUUGGUUGACAAACCGAGUGAAAUGGAUGACUUUGUGGUAAUAGAAGAAGUGGCGAGAGAAGCCCAAGAAACAGAUAUGGAAGGGAAAAGUUUACAAAUUACUUCGCAAAAAUAUGUUAAGAGGCAUGACACUGAGGUAGAAGAAAUGUUAUCAAAGGCUUCCAGAAAGCAAGAAAGUACAAGCAGUACGGGAUCAGGAUCAUUAUCAGAUGAAGAAUUACUACAAUACGAAUUAGAACAGAAGAAAUUACUAGCACAAGAGCUGGCUGAGCAGGAUGCAAGUAAAAGAUGGAUGCAAAUGCAAUUUGAAGGUGAUCCUCGGUAUGACUAUGAAAGAGUACCGUUGGAAGAUAUAAAAGAGGAGGAAAUGACAGACUUUGAUGCCAGUCGUAUCGGAAGUCUUAGUUCUCAAAAAGAAUCAAUUGGAAGCUUUGGUAGUUUUCGUAAUUCAUAUGGUAGUUUAUCAGAGUCAGAAAUGGCAUCUCGCAUAAGGUUUAGAGUCAAAGGUGAAAAUGAUGACAUUUCUAUUAGUUCUUUACAAGAAUUUGAAAACCUAGAACGAGCCUUGAUGGAACAGUAUCAACAGCACUCUUCAUCGUCUCAAGAUUCACUGAACGGUUCAUUGCCCAGACGAUACGUUCUUAGCAAGAGUCAAGGAGAUGAUGUUUCUGUUUCAAGCCUUAAAGAAUUCGAAGGUUUAGAGUCAGCUUGUUUAGAAGCACUCAAAGCCGAAAUUUUAGCGAAACAAAAGGAAGCUUUAUUGCAACUAGAUCCUAAAGACGUAAGUGGAAGUUUCUUGGAACAGGAAAAGCGUUCAUAUAGUGGCAGUUCAGAAAGCAGCCCACCCCAAAAAAGUGGCAGUCCCAGUCAGAAAGGUAGUCCAUCCCAAAAGGGGGGCAGUCCUUCACAAAAAGUUGGAAGCUACGGAAGUCCAUCUCAAAAGUUAUUGGCAGAGUCGGCUACUAUUAGAAAACUUAUUGACCAACAAAUGGCAUUAGAAGAGAAGUUAAGAGAAAGAUCAGUGCCUGUUGCUCCUAAAAUUGUUACUGUAAAGAAGUUUGAUGACAAAGGUGCAUACUUUGUACCUCAAGCUGUGCCAGAGCCUGUGGCAGUUGAAAAAACUGAAGAAGAAUGUCAUAAGGCGACUUCGUUUGUUUGCGCAGCCGCGCCCAAGGACGGAUCUGCAGAAUCUAUACCUGGUGACUGCGAAGAGAUGAUGAAAAUGUUAGAUCAAGAAGAUAAAUCUAAAGGAGAGAUUGGAAUCACCAGAACGGUUACUGACGGAGGUGUCAUAGAAGUAGUUAGAACAACAACCGUCAUUCAGCAACGUUUUGUAGAUGGUAAAAAAGUUUCAGAAACUGUAACGGGCACAGAUUCAGAGGGCGGAGUUGAUAUACCGGCACGCUCAAAAGAAUUUGAAACGGAGUACAGCAUGUCUUAUGGGUCAGAAAUGUCAAACUCCAUGGCAUCUCAAUCGGAUAUGGAUAGUUUGAUGACAGUUGUAGAGACAAAACAGACAAGUGACGGAGAAUCAAUAACCGUUACAAGGAAAACAACAGUAAUGAGUGCAGACAAGCUUGAGGAUUUAGAUUUUACGAGGACAGAUAGUUCUAUAGCAAUCCGUGAGCUGUCGCCCUCCUCUGGCAGGUCGAUAGCUCACAGUAUUAUUUCGGGUUCUGGUAAACACUUUACAGAUCCAGCUAGCGGUUCGUGGAGCGGUCAGGACGAAGAACUCAGUUCUUCUGGGAGUUUUAGCAGGGGGGCUCGGGCAGAUCUGAUGCUUGGUAGCACGGAUAGCUUAGAGGCAACGUCGUCUAAUGCGACUCGAGCUACGUACAACUAUGAGGUUGAUACGCCAAUGACUGGCAGUUUAACAUCUGGAGCUAUCGCUAAACCUCCGAGCUUUCCGCGUCCACCCUCAAACAUAACCGACGACCGCCCCCCAGGGUCUAAUACUAUGGUCUCCUCGUUGGACACUAUGGACCCCCUUACAGCGGUCCAUAUGGAGAGUAUGGAACACCCCUCGACCAGUGAACACUACACUCAUGACUAUGAGGUGCAAGAGCCUGACAGCGAUACGGAGAGAUUGGAGCUGGACGGCCGGGUGCCUCGGGCCAAGGAACGGACCAUCAUGUUUGACAGCACCGACACCCUGAGUGCUGUCAGUGGAGACGGGUCGGUGAAGGAAGCCGCCGUGGAGACGCCGGCACCCACCUUCUACAUCGGAGAUACACCCAUUGUUAGAGGAGAACAAAAAGACGAGGAAGACUUCGAGUCCCAAGCCCCGCUGUCGGGCAGCUGCCCCGCGUCCCUGCCCCCCGCCGCGCAGGCCUCACCGCCCAUACCGGCCCAGAGAAGCAGCUGCUAUUGCUUAAGUCACGACCAAGAAAAGAACAUGAAAUAGGUCACUGACAAUGAUAGCAAAAUCCCCACCGUCCAGUUUGGAUGGAACUCCAAAGAAAUAGAGUUAAGACAUAAUGCCUGAUUAUUAAGUGAUACGCAUUUUUUUCUCAUUAUUGCCUUCAAGUUUCU